CUCCGCAGCUGCGUAGAGAAACCUCUUGUUCCAAUGAAGGUGAAGUGAGUUGGUCGCUGAGUCAGUUCCUCCCCUCACUUUCCCGAGCGGGUUCGGACGCAGAGGCACCCUCGUCGUUCGCGUGUCCUGGUGCGGAGGAUGCCAAGCGGUGUCCUCCGCAAAAUACUUACCGGUCCACCCAGCAUACGUCCCGCUUGCCGCCGGCUCGGGAACUGCAAUAUCGGCGGCAAUGGAUGGCUCCGGACAGCCGGGCUCCUUCAGGAGGUCUCGCAGUUUCCACUUAAAAAACUUCAGAACAUUCCUCAGCAAAAUGAGCAACCGAGGAGCGAUAGAGCAGGAAGCGAAGGAUGCGUGUGAUUGGCUGCGGGCAGCAGGAUUUCCUCAGUAUGCACAGCUCUAUGAAGACUCCCAGUUUCCCAUUGACAUCACAGCGGUCAAGAAGGAUCACAUUUUUCUUGACGAGGAUUCUUUGAAAUCAGUGUGCAGACGGCUAGUAAUUCUGAAUAAAUACACCUUUAUAAAGACUGAUGCCAACCCUACCAGGAAAUUGGGUGAUGAUUCUGAUGAGGACCCCUGUGCUAUCAGUGACCGUUGGGCAUUUCAGCGGGAGAGCAGGAGAUGGUCUCGCCUGACAGUUGCUGACUUCCGGAUGAGCCGAGCCGAGGCGCGAAGCUCGAUAAUGAAGGAGUCAGCCAGCCGUGAGAGUGUUCUCUCUGAGCUCAGUGAUCCCGAAGCCAGCUCCGUGCGCAGCAACAGCAGUGUUGGGAGCAUCCAGGAAGUGUUGGGGGGUCACUCUUCAAACAGUCAGCUGGCCACCGGUGACAAUCCUGAGACAACCCUGUUGGCUCGUUCCCAAGCAGAAGAACAGGCUCACAGCUGCACACUCGAUAGCAAUGUUUUCAUUGAAGAUCAAACCACUCCAGGUGUUACUGAAAGCCCCAGAAAGCAUCGGACCAGGAGCUUUCUCAGACGAAUUGAAUCCCUUCGGUUUAAAACCCUUCGGAAUAAAUCGAAAAUGGCUUCAAAGAACAAAGAGACAAAAAGUAUCAGAACAGUAUUACAGCAAUACCAUGAACCAUUAGAGAGCUCUAGUCCUCUGAAAACUGGGAGCAAGAGCCCCACGGGCUUGGUGAAUAAUUUAUCUCCAACUGGCAUUCCUUCACUGGCUGAUUGUGGAUGUCUAGAACAUUGUUCAGGCAAAUCUAGGACGAGCCAUUGCGGACUGUACUUGGAAGACUAUGAAAUGGGCUUUGCAUCUUCCAAUCAUAACAGAAAUGAUGAUCCAUGUUCUCCACAAGAUUAUGUUGUUCGUGUCCCAACAAAUCACAAAUUAGGAACCUUUCCCAAAGCUCUCUCCAUUGAAAGCUUGUGUCCUGGUGCUGACAACCAUUUGGUAAAAUGGAGAUCAGGAAACAGCUCCUUUGGGAUGUCUAUGUGUGGGAGUGCCAACAAUGUUCAACGACUGAGUUUUCAGGGACGAAGGGAUUCUUGCAGCUCCAUGGACAGCAGGCAGAGUUUUUAUGACAAUGUGCCUGAAACCCAUCCAUAUAACAGUGUUGGUGGACCAGAAUACUAUUUUAAACAACUAGAUGAUGUUUUGAAGCAUGUUAAUGGAUUACAGCAGAGAGUAGAUAGUUGGUCAAAAAUGAUAUGCACUGAUUAUAAUGACACUGAGUCUGACUCUACUGGAGAAACAGUUUUUCCUUUGCAAGGUUUGAACUUUGAAGACCGCUCGAUGUCUGAUGUGGGGACAACUGCAAGUGAUUUUGAUAGCACUGGGAAUUCACUGAAUGAAGUGGAAGAAAUGGAGAUGAGGGAACGGAGAGAUUCUGGAGUAGGGGCUUCAUUAACCAGACCAAGCAGGAAGCUGCGCUGGCAUAGUUUCCAGAACUCUCACCGCCCCAGCCUGAACUCUGCCUCCAUGGAAAUCAACAGACAGUCGGCAGCUCAGCUCAACCUCCUGCAGCGAUUCUCCUUGCUACGUUUGACUGCCAUCAUGGAGAAGUACAGUGUCCGCAGCAAGCAGGGCUGGAACUGGGGUGUUCCCAAAUUCAUGAAAAGAAGCAAGGAACCAGAUUACCGAGGCAAAAAUGUAUUUGGUGUUCCACCAUUAAUAAAUGUCAAGAGGUCGGGGCAGCCGCUGCCUCAAAGCAUUCAACAAGCCAUGCGCUACCUGCGUAGUCAGUGCAUGGGCCAGGUCGGUAUCUUCAGGAAGUCAGGGGUGAAAUCGCGAAUCCAGGUCCUCAGGCAGAUGAAUGAAAACAAUCCUGACAAUGUCAAUUAUCAGGGUCAAUCAGCAUUUGAUGUAGCAGACUUGUUGAAACAGUAUUUCCGAGAUCUUCCAGAGCCUAUUUUCACCAGCAAACUGACAGAAACCUUUCUACAGAUCUAUCAGUAUGUGCCAAUGGAUCAACGUCUCCAAGCUGUUCAGGCUGCCAUUUUGCUGAUGCCAGAUCAGAACCGUGAGGUUCUUCAGUCCCUAUUGUACUUCCUAAGUGACAUUGCGUCUGUGCAGCAAAACCAGAUGACUGCUGGGAACUUGGCUGUGUGCCUUGCGCCCUCACUAUUUCACCUUAAUGUACUGAAGAAAGAAACUUCCUCUCCAAGGAUGAUUCGAAGGAGAGGUGUUCUCAGUAAACCCGAUCAGAGGGACCUCAGCGAGAAUCUGGCAGCAACUGAGGGAUUAGGUCACAUGAUCACAGAGUGCAAGAAACUUUUCCAGAUCCCCCAUGAUAUAAUGGUGCAGUCUCGGAACUCCUAUAUUGCAGCUGAUGCUCACCCGUUACCCGCAGAGGGUUUCAGGAGACAUGCUGGAGGCAUUGUCAAGGAUUAUAUGGCCCACAUGGAGGACACAAUCCAGGCUCUACUAAAAGAGGUGGGAGAUAAGUUUAAAGGCUGGACCAGCACCGUAGGACCUGUGAACACAGAACUUUCUUACAAAAAGGUUGGUGAUGGAUAUCCCAUCCGCUUGUGGAAAGUGACAACGGAAGUAGAAGCAGCCCCGAGCUCAGUGUUAAACCGUCUGCUCCGAGAGCGACAUCUCUGGGAUGAUGAUGUAUUGAUGGGAAAAAUUGUGGAGAAUUUGGACAAAAAUACUGAGAUUUACCAUUAUGUUCUGGACAGCAUGGCGCCACAUCCCAGGAGGGACUUUGUUGUUCUGAGGACCUGGCGAGCUGAUUUGCCAAAGGACAUGUGCGUUAUGGUAGCAGUCUCCGUUGAUCAUGACUCUGUGCCCUUGGAGGGAGGUGUAAGAGCUGUAGUACUGAACUCUCAGUACCUGGUGGAGCCUUGUGGUUCAGGUCGAUCACGGCUCACGUACAUCUCCCGAACUGACCUAAGGGGCAGGACUCCUGAAUGGUACAACAAGGUCUCUGGAUACCUUUGUGCUGUAGAGGUUGCUAGGAUACGGGACUCCUUUCUGCCAUCAAAUUCAUAAGGAUUAAAGAUCAAAAUCAGACUUGAACUGACACUUCAGACAGAAGAAAGAUGUUUUAUUUGAGUAUGCAUAGUGGCAGCUGUCAUUGAGUAGUGAUUGGUUUUCAACCUAUAGCGGCCAGACAAGUUAUAGCACUGGUUCAGAUGAAGGUGGCUGUACAACUCAUUUCUUACUAUAAUUUCCUACUGUUUAUUUAAGAUGCUGAGUAUCCUGACAUCAACCAUCAUCUUUGAACUUCUCCUUGACUGUUUAGUCAUUAUUGUAUCAACAUACCAUAAUAGUUCUUGUGAUGGUGACAUCCCCAGAAGAAGAGAGAGUUCUUCUAUGCAGUGUCUUGGUUUAAUUUUCUUGCCUGUUCCUGUGGCUGUGACCCCUUACCUCCCGACAUUUCUUGCACCUGUGCAUUUGGAACAAAGAAGUCGAACAUCAUAAAUUGAGUUCAGAGUUGCUCUAACUUUAUUAUCCUGCUUGGUUUGGUAUGAAUUGUAAAUCUGAAAACAGUGAUAUUGCUUGCAACAUAUUCAUCUGGUAAAACGAUAUACAUGAAAGGAAAAUGCUUGAAAUGGAGUUGAGACCUUUAAACAAUGGGGGAGAAAAGGAAAUAGGAGAGUGAUAUAGGAUUUAAUUGUUCAGGAUUUUUUUAUUUACAGUAUACGUGAGGAGAUGUUGGCUAAAGUAUGUUGUGGGCUAUGUGAAAAGUUGCUAAGCGGAAAUGGAGUAUGUUUAAAGCAUUUGCUGGGAGCAAAUACCAGUUGAAGUGACACAAGCGGUUCGCUGUAGUAAAUCUGGAUAUUUAAACUAUUUGAGGUUAUUUUUAACCUUAAGCUUAUUUAAGAUUUUUACUAUUUCUAUAGAAUACUGCACUAAUAUUUUACCUUGGCCUUUCCAGACACAGGGUACCUUAACACAGAGUAUCAGAUAUAUUACUUUUUGAUUAUAUCUAAACUGUUAUUUUUAUGCUUUGGGGCAGGCAAAUAAGACUUCAGGUCCUUGCGAUUCUAAACCCAAACACUAAGGGAUGUCUAAUGUCCCCUUCCUCUUGGAUCGCUGCAUAGACCCUCCACCCUCCAUCCAACUAGCUGGAGAUAAACAGCUUAUCUAAGCCCUUAACUACCUGAAACUAUGUGACCCCUUAGCCUUCCUCAUCCAAUGAAAACAGAAGGUUUUCCUCAACUUUUCCUUGGCACUUAAAAUCGUGUUGCUCCCUCUGCUUUUGGAAGUCUUUCAUAAUGGGAGAGUAUUGCUGGAAGUUUGUUGACAUUCUCUUACAUUUUGCUUGAUUGAACUUUUUAAAUUUGCCAAGUUUCUGUUUAUUUUAACUUGUUGUAGGCAGACCAUCCCACCCCGUAUCUUUAAAGAGAAGAAAUAACACAGGCCACAGAGUUGGGUAUUUUGAGUCCCAAUAGCGGCAUUCAGUGGUGUUUUCCUCUUGUUGCUACUUAUCCUAUUCCAGUUAUUUAUUUUGCUGUUCUUUUGUUUUAAAUGAUAUUAUGACUGGAGGAGAGGAACUUUGUAAUGGAUUUCUCAUCCUACCAUUCCAAAGAUUCUGUGAAUAUUUUUAGUUGUUUUUGCCGCUGGUUAGUUUGGUGUUGUAAAUAAUUCCAUGUUGCUUUGCCCUGGUUUUGACGAUAUCCUCGACCAGGUGGGUGAAUUCUUUGUGAACCUCGGAAGGUUAGAUCUUCUGUAAUAAAUAUUUUAAUGCUACCUUUUUAAGGACUAGAAAAGAUCUGCUGCUUGAGAGCUUGAAGAGUUUCUCAUCUGCAUUUGAAUUGUCAGAUUAUGCAGAGAGUGUGCUCCCCCACCCACCACCCCAGUACAAUUUUAUUUUUCCUGCGUUGCCUUCACAUUUAAUUUUCAAUUUUCUUUCAUAAAUCAGUUAUUGAGGUAUUUUUGUCUUGGCUUAACCCAAUGAUUAAAUUGAUACCACUUCCAGGACUCUUAGAGACCGAAUUUCAAAUGUUGGCCUUUUUGUGAUGGGCGUAAGGUAAAAUUUCAUUACAUAGGAUUUAAGAGCAGGGUUGACAUCACAAUGGGUUCCUGUUAAUUCCACCAUCAUUGGGAAUGUAAUUUGCAGUUGUGUUUGUUAUAUUAAUAACUUUGCUGCUUUAAGAUAGAGCAUCUCAUGAUCCUUGGCUAUGAACCUACGGAGUCGUGAUUGUUUUCAGUGAGGUGGUAAUUACAAACUGUUUUAAUUACCCUCUGUGAUUGCCCCUCUGGUUCUUUUAGCACCUGGAAAUUUUACUUUUACUUCAAUUCAAUUAAACUGAGCAGCUGUUCAGAGCCAAAAUAGUUUGUCAAGUUUUUGCUCCUCACUUCAAGUGCACGUGCUCCAGGUUCAAAUCCUUGGCUUGGCCCUCAGGUUACAAAAUGACAAGAACCAUGAGCUUGACUGAUAGUUCUUUAUUGCAGUUCCCAAAUUUAUUUGUUCUUGCAACUAAGAGCCUAAAGAUGAUCUAAAAGACCUCAGGAUAGAUAGGUUGAACUUUUAAGUACAAUGAAGAUAAAUUAAUUGGUUCAAAGUAAAAGCAAGGCCAACUAUUUAAAGGAGGCUUGAAGAGGGAGGAUGAGUGAGUAAAUUUACAAUCUCAGGUCAUUAGGGACAACAGCGUUCACAAGAGCUCUUUCUAUUAAUGAGAAACUGUGAUAACAUGGAAAAUUUAUUUGUAGCCUCCUGAUGAGAUCUGAACCUCUUCUCAAAGUAAAUGUCUUCAUCCUGUGAAUAGGUAUGUAAAGUUUGCAUUAAAGAAAUGUGAAGUAAUGCAACAAUGAAUCUCAAAAUACUAUAUUUAUGGAAAUAUCAGGCAAAGGAAGGCAGCUCUCAAAGAAUUGUGGUAAGAUUUUCUGGAGAUUUCAUUGAAUGAUUUUAGGAACUAUAUAUGCACAUCAUUUUAAGUGAUAAUGAUAAUGUGCAUGAUCAUGAGUUCAUGACCUAGUGGGUCUAACAAUGGCUUUUUUCAGCUUCAGACCUUUUUGAACUCUGACGUUACCAACUACUCGUCAUAAAAUGAAGAAAUGCAAGGGGCAUUAUGUAAAAGGGACAUUGUAAAGUUGUUUUUUUUUAAUUUAACUGGCAUUCCAUGAGUGAACUGUACAGAACUGUGCUCUCAGCAGAGAGCUGGCGUAGCGUAGAGAUAAAACACAAGUGCAGUUUGCAUGCUGUUUUGUUAAUUGCAAAUAACAGAUAGAAAAUAUACAGAGAGUUUCCACAGUUUGUGUAAUUCCAGCAUUAUUAUUACAGUAUUGAAUUCACAUGCGGGGAAAGAAAUGGACGUAUGGAAUGCUCUUGCAUGAGCUGAUGUAUGUUCUGCUUAGAGAUAUUGAAUAAAGUGGGGUAUUGUAUCAGUGAGGAGUGUGUGUGAGAGAGUAUUCAGGGAAUGGCAUGACUGUAAGAACUCAUAAUGGCACAAAUAGCUAUUUAAUAUUGAGAAUAUGUCUGAUCUCAGGUAUUUAAAUGUAUGAGUUUUGUUGCCAACUGUACAUAUGUUGUAUUCCUGCAAAAUAUGUGCACCCAUGAGAAAUAUUUGUAUGGAAAGUUUUUUUAUAUUGUCAUAUAUGAAAAAUAUAUUUUUUCUCAACAGUCUGCUCAGAAAUGUACAGGUCAUUUUAAUAAAUUUUGCUUCU